AUGACAUCAUUGACCAAUACAAAAUGGACGACAUGAAACGGAGUGAAUAAGCAAUUUCUGCUUUAAACGCACUAUUUUAAGUAGCUUACACCCUCUACUUCUCUACUACUUUACUUCUGUCGGACCAUUAAACAACUAAUGGCAUAUUCUCACAAGACGUUUCGUAAAUGUGGGAGCCAUUACAGUGAAUUGGGAGCCUUAGAAGGAGUUGAAGUAAAAGUAGGGGAGAAAUUCAGGCCACCGAGAAAGAUUACAUUACCGGUUGGUUUUCAUCCUAAUGAUCCCUCGGAUCUUCUCAGCCUUUCGUAUGACUUCAGCUUAGAGAAUAAAAUCAUUGCUAAGGCAGAUCAGGAAAAGGAACGACAACUGCAGUUAUUAAAGAAAAAAGAAGAAGAAGAAGCAGCUGCUGCUGCAUUAAAAACACAAAAGCAAGUUAAUGAAAACGAUGCAUCAGUGAGCACCACAACUCCUAUUUCCAUAUUCUCCAAUGUAGGCACAGAUAUUUUACAACCUAUCGCUGUGUCAUCAACUGGACAUAAAAGAAAUGAUAGUCUUGGGAAAAAUACUUUUGACUUAUCAGACUUUGAGGCUAAUGGCACUAAUCCUUUUGAGCUUGUUGAACUGCAAACUAUUAAUGAUUUGGAUGUACUGAAAAGUGUCCUUGAGCCUGUAUCAAACUCAAARGAUACCWGUGGAUCAAUAGCUGUUGCRUCUGCUGGUGCUUCUACUAAUGUAACAUCAAUCUCUACCAUGGGUUCAAUGACAUAUCCUUCAAACUCCUCAAAUUCAUKUAGUUAUUUAUCAAAUCAAACUCCUAUUCCUAGCACAAGUCAGGGAAAUCAUUCUAAACUAAACUCAAAAUCAAAAUCUGUUCCUGAUCUCAGCAAUGAUCAGUUGGUAGACAUAUCAAGUGAUGAAAAUCACAUGCAGCUUGUUCCAGAUGUAGCAGCUUCRACAUCAAGAAGUGUGUCCCCUCCAUCAUCUAUGUAUACACCUUCGCAACCUAACACUGGUGUAUCAUUGGGCUAUGGAAUGCCGACACAGCCAUUUAAUUACUUACAAGGGGGUUUGCCAGGGCGUGGUUUGCCAACAAAUCGACCAACAAGUGGUCAAGUUUUGGUUGAUGUCAAUUCACAUGGUGCUACACCCAUAACAGAAAGCAUUACUCCACUGAAUUUAAGGUCAUCAUCGUCUAAUAAUACACAAAUAUCAAAUCCUUUGGUGGGAACAACUGCAUCUGUUACCUCCUCUAAUAAYAGACUUCCACCUUURCGUAAGGCUCCUCCGAUUCCACCUAGACYRACUGGUCGUAGGAAUAUAAACAAUGUUGAAAGUAUUGCUACUAGUUUUCAAGGUAUGACUGUUACAGAUGGUGUACCKUCAAGUGCACCUUUAACUACUCCAGCGACAUGUAGUCAAGACACACCAAGAAACCCUGGAAGUUAUAUGACACAUAAUAGUGAAAUGAAUUCAUCAACUAAUCAGUCAGUGMUUAGAAGGCAGCCUGCACAGAAACGAAGCAAAUCAAGCUUGGAUAACAUAAGGCGCCAUUCCACACCUCUGCCACCUAUAACUCCACCAAGUGCUUCACCAAAUAUGGUCAGUUCAGUAAUACCUUUACCACCAGCUCAGCAGUCUGUGUUAGCAGACCCUAUGCCUGUGUUGAAUGAUUCAGAAAAAGGUUUAGUUCAAUAUAUUGCUGCAAUGGGUUUUCCCAUUCCUAGAGUUGCACGUGCUGUUCAAAGACUUGGYGAAAAAGAUAGAGAGGUAGUAGAUUUUUUAGUUGCUGCUGAAGAACUCUGCCAGAAAGGCUUUACAGGAGAUGAGGCUGAAAUUGCUUUGACUUUUAACAAUGACGAUGCUAAGAAGGCUUUAGAAUUUCUUAAUCUGACAAAAACUUUUAAAGAACUUGGAUUUGAAGAGUUGCAUAUUCACGAAGCCUUACGAGCUGCCGACAAUGACAGAGACAAAGCACUGGAUUUCUUGGCAUCUAUUUCUGCUUCCUAAGAAUGUAAAUGUCUGUUAUAUCAAGGCAGAUAAUAGAGUGCUUACACUAUGUCCAUGAAAUAAAAUCUAAAUAGUUACUAUCUAAUAGUUCUUAUUUAGUGACUAUUGCUAUCACUCAACUGGAACAGUUAUAAUGUAUCGUUUCCUUUGGAUUCUCAAGUGUACGGAAUGUGUUGWUACUAAGACUGUUCCAGUUGAAUGAUAGUGACUAAUAGUCACUAAAUAAGAACUAUUAGRUAGUAACUAUUUAGAUUUUAUUUCAUGGUCAUAGUGUAAGCACUCUAUUSCUAUACACGCCCUUCAGAWAAAGAAGUAGGCUAUCAAAUGUUACUUCCCAAAAGCAAGUCUUUGGUGAUAAMCUUAAUAAAUCUGAGAAUACUAUAGGCUCAGUAUUCAGCCGUUGAGAUYACGUAUCAUGGAUGCAUAUGAAUUCUAGACGGCUGAAGACUGAGCAUAAGAUUACUAUUGAAGAAAUAAAUGUUUGAGCUAGUUARACAGCAGACAACUUUCUUUAUGCAAACAUUGCUAAAGUUUGCAAGCAUGGCUUAAYUGUAGAAGAAAAUUAAUAAGAUAUGAAAUGAAUGUAAAUUUCAGUAAAAUAUAUGAAAAUAUCAGUGCACUCUAAAUCUAAACUAUAAAAAUUUUGAUGAAAGUUCAAAAUAAUAGAAUACACAAUCUGAUUACAUAUAUUGUAAUUAUUUUUUACGGUUUGGUUCUUAUUUUGUACAGCUAUUGUAAGUUGUAUUGUUAUUAUUUUUAAAUUAUUAUAAUGUUGAUGUCGCAAUAGGAAUGUUAUGAAUUAUGAAAUAAAAUAUUUGAA